UCCCCGCGGGUGACCGGUCGGGGCCACGAGCGCUGCUCUGGGUGCUGACACGUCUCUUUUCUGUCUCCUCCGCGAUGCAGAGGCUCACCAUGACCAAGUCGUACAGCGAGAGCGGGCUGAUGGGCGAGCCCCAGCCACAGGGCCCCCCGAGCUGGACGGACGAGUGCCUCAGCUCCCAGGACGAGGAGCACGAGGUGGACAAGAAGGAGGAGGACCUGGAGGGUCUACACGCCGAGGCUGAGGAGGACUCGCUGCGGAACGGUGAGGAGGAGGACGAGGAGGACGACUUGGAUGAAGAGGAGGAGGAGGAAGAGGAGGAGGAAGACGACGACCAGAAGCCCAAGAGGCGGGGCCCCAAGAAGAAGAAGAUGACCAAGGCACGCAUGGAGCGAUUCAAGCUGCGGCGCAUGAAGGCCAAUGCCCGGGAGCGCAACCGCAUGCACGGGCUGAACGCGGCCCUGGACAACCUGCGCAAGGUGGUGCCCUGCUACUCCAAGACGCAGAAGCUCUCC